CCCUAUUUAAGUGUUACAGGUAGACACCUGUUUUCAUCAGACACAAAGGGAAGAUCUACACAUCCAAGACAUAAUGAAGCUGCCUGUGCUGCUCUGUUGUUUCCUGGUCCUUUCUUUCCAUAUCCUGAAAUUUGGGGCUGCAAGAUCUGAUCCACAUGAACUCUUGGUGAUUCGCUGUGAGAGAUAUCAUCAUGGAAGAUUUUGCACCCUGGAAUGGGAUCCAUAUUGUGGCAUUGAUGGACGUACAUAUUCCAAUCUGUGUUUUCUCUGCCAGGGAAAUGGAUUUAAUCAGAAGGUGGGACACAAAGGAAUUUAUCAGAAGCUGGCACGCAGGGGUGAGUGCCGAAGAGUGGUCUGCCCCACGCAUUAUGAUCCAGUAUGUGGCACUGAUGGACGUACAUACUCCAAUGAGUGUGUCCUCGACCAGGAAAAUGGAAAGAAUCACAAAGUGACAGUGGCAUACAAGGGUGAGUGCCAUCCCUGUAACCGGUAUGGAACCCAUUGCCCUGCAGUACAUGAUCCAGUGUGUGGCAGUGAUGGACGUACAUACAGCAAUGAGUGUUAUCUCUGCCAGGAAAAUAGAGGGAAUCCGAACAAAGUGAAGGUGGCCCACAAGGGUGAGUGUUACGUGUUUGAUCCCUGUGUAACGUAUGGAAAACUUUGCCCCACGAAAUGGGAUCCAGUAUGUGGCAGUGAUGGACUUGUAUACUCGAAUGAAUGUAGUCUCUGCCAAAAAAAUGGAAUUAAUAUGAAGAAAGUGAAGGUGUCCCACAAGGGCUGGUGUUGAAUGCGGCAUGUUCCUUAAAUUGUCAAUGUUGGUGUGUGCAUCCCCCAACAAAAUGGCUAACAAUCAAAUGCAGGUGUAGACAGAAUAAAAACGUUUCAAAUUAUGAAUGAA